AUGCGAGUCCCAACGAGGGCCUCUGGACAGGCUGUACGAGCCCUGCAGCUCACAUCAGAUGCUUUCCAAUCCAUUGCGGCGCCGAAGCCGUCGAACCUGCCGGACGCCACCCGCAGAACCGUCGCCUCCGCUUCUCUUUCCCCUCUCCCCCCCUCUCGCUCGCCAUGA